CAAGCGGCUUUCUGGGAUUGUUUAUUAUCGUAAAAUCCAAACAUCAGCAAACGUUUUUCAGAAAUUUUUGCAGUUUUCGCGCUUAUUAGUGAAGAAAGUUAAAUAAAAUCGACUAAACAUGUCGCUUGCCGAUGAGCUUCUGGCCGAUUUGGAAGAUGACAACGACGAGACCGAGGAGCUGCUGGAAACCGUCAAGCAGGAAACGGAGGAUGAACCGGAAGCUCAACACCAGAUGUCCGGCGGGGAGGAGGAAGCCAUCAUUAUGGACGUGAAAGAUGAGCCCAUGGAAGUGGACGUUAAGGUAGCGUCCAUCCGGGAGAUCUGCAAACUGCGCGACUCCUCCCGGCUGGCCAAUGUACUCACUCAGAUAGCGAAGUUCGUGAAAAAUCCACGCAAAACGUCGGAAAUGAUUGGCAACGUCGAGUCGGAUCCGGAGUACCAGCUGAUCGUGGAAGCCAACAACAUCGCGGUGGAUGUCGACAGCGAAAUCUCUGUUAUUCACAGAUUCGUGAAGGACAAAUAUCAGAAGCGGUUUCCGGAACUGGAUUCGCUUAUUAUGGUGGAAAUGGAUUAUGUCCGUAGCGUGAAGGAGCUGGGCAAUGACCUGGAUCAAGCGAAGAACAAUGAACGACUUCAGGAAAUUUUGACUCAAGCCACUAUCAUGAUUGUUUCUGUUACCGCGUCCACCACUCAGGGAACUCGCCUAGAACCGCACGAACUGCAGCAGAUCUACGAGGCCUGCGAUAUGGCGAUAGAGCUCAGCGAUUUUAAAACCAAAAUCUUCGAAUACGUCGAAAGCCGAAUGACGUUCAUCGCGCCUAAUUUGUCCAUGAUUGUCGGAGCGUCUACCGCGGCCAAAUUGGUGGGUCUUGCCGGUGGGCUUACCAGGUUAUCCAAAAUGCCGGCGUGCAAUGUGCUUGUUUUGGGGGCGCAGAAGAAAACAUUGUCAGGGUUCUCAAAGGUGGCAAUGUUACCCCACACCGGAUACGUUUACUACUCGGACAUAGUCCAGGAUACGCCACCGGAUAUGCGUAGGAAGGCCGCUCGCUUGGUAGCCUCCAAAAGUACCCUGGCGGCCCGUGUGGAUGCUUGUCACGAGAGUCACAUGGGCGAGAUUGGGCAACGGUUUCGCGAGGACAUCGAAAAGAAGCUGGACAAACUGCAGGAACCUCCUCCGGUGAAGUUGAUUAAACCGCUGCCCAAACCAAUCGAAGGUGGUAAAAAGAAACGAGGCGGUAAGCGUGUGCGCAAGAUGAAGGAACGCUAUGCCAUAACGGAGUUCCGCAAGCAGGCCAACCGGAUGAACUUCGGAGAUAUCGACGAGGACGCCUAUCAGGAGGAUCUGGGCUACACCCGUGGCACCAUAGGGAAAACCGGCACCGGUAGGAUACGGUUGCCGCAGAUCGACGAAAAGACCAAAGUGCGAAUCAGUAAGACUCUGCAGAAAAAUCUCCAAAAACAGCAGCAGGUUUGGGGCGGAAGCACCACCGUCAAGAAGCAGGUAUCCGGUACGGCAUCCAGCGUGGCGUUCACACCGCUGCAGGGACUGGAAAUCGUUAAUCCACAGGCGGCGGAAAAACCUGCCAGCGAAAGCACGGCUAAGUAUUUCUCCAACACUUCCGGGUUUCUGUCGGUGGGAAAGCGAACGACGUAAGGCAUUUCGGAUAGUGAAUUGAAUAUGUUUACUGUUGAAUGUGGUAAAAAAGUUUGAUUACUUAAGUUGAUUAAUAAACUAUUAUAAAAAAGAA